CUAUACUCAAUUCCUUCUCCUCUCAACCACCCACAUCAAUUCCCCGCCCGUAUUAUGCUGGUCAUCACCUAACGAUUUCUACAAAUCUCGAUCGCUCCAUUGUUGACUUGCCGUUUGAUCUGAUACAAUCCACAUAUUGAUCAGACCCGGUACAAUGUUCAACUCUUCUAACCAUCCGACCCCGCGCAAGCGUGCAGCUUCCCACUCUACCGAUCAAACCCUGCACCAUCAUCAUCAUCCCUAUGUUCAUGAACGCCUCCCGUCAUCCCCCGCGAAUCCUUUUUACGCCCAGCCUCACGAACCAAGUACCUCUUCCAAUUCCUUGCGCAGGUCGGCAUCACGACACCCUUACGUGCAAGAAAAUACCCAAGAUCGCAUACAUCCCUCCCUCCCCUCCCCUCACAAUCCCAGUCCUCAGUCCAGCCCCGUCACGUCCCCGUCCUCCGCACAUGGCGGCAGCAGCCGCUUCGCUGAUUCCCAAUCAUCCUUCACAUCCGAGUCAGCCAGCGCUGAUCCCUGGCACUCGCCCUCAGUACUCGAACAGAAUAGGAUGCUUGCAACGUCACGCCAACCACAUUUCAGUACCCCCCCAUCCCCGGCAAUAAGCGGACGCUCCAGAUCCAUUACUGAAUCUGAUCUUCUCCCUAUGCACGGUGCCACUCGCAAGCGUGUCUCUAAAUAUCCUUCGUCUUCUGCACGCCCGCGCACCGCUCCCAAUUCGCCAAGUCAUCCUACCCUGGAGACCCCUGAGUCCCCUGUUGCUAUGGGCAUCAAGUUCUUCCUCAGCAAACCUGCACUGCCGUCCCCAAGCCGUCUAUCACUACAUUCAGACUCGGGGGCCUCGUCACGUUCACGCCUCACAACCCCUCGCAAGUCGAGACCCCAUCCACCUGAACUUGACGUCUCGGCAUUCCCCUUCACACCCGGAUAUUCGCAUCCAGAUCAUGCCACGAGGGGGAACAGCUCCCCACCCACCAGCGUACCGCUCAUAAGCCAAGACAGCCUUUCCUUGUCUACCAAUUCCGUGCCUGCACAGGGGAAGGAGCAAAGGCAGCGGAAUGUUCUACGUAGGAAGCCGUCUGCAAAGGUCAAGCGAGAAAUGGAGAUGAGACAGAGGGCAGCGUCUGCGCAGGGUUCAGAACGCCCCUUGCGAGAUCCCCCAUUGACACCUGCGAGUACUGUUGUUCGGGCAUACAAGCAGCGAGAGGACACACAGCCCAUGGAAGGUGACCCUCCCUCCCCUUCGCCGAUCCCAUACUAUACUGUCUACGGAACACAGUCGGAGCACAGAGUUGCUGCAGGAGGGCCGGAUGACAACAGCAACUGGUCGUUGCACGCGCACGUCCUGGCCGAACAGCGCGCCCAGACCGAGCCGAGCAGAAGCCUGUCGAGGAAGGGAAGCCUGUCAAGAAGAGUAUCGAGUAAAUGGAAGAAGGCGACGGGAGGUGUUAAGGCUGAGGAGUCUCCCUCGCAUGGCCACUCCAUUGGCCGAUCAAGCUUGCAAGAGAGCCACUCUUCCAGCCGUAUCAAAGACCGCGGGCAGUCGAUGAACGCAGGGCAAUUUGGUAAGGGCCAUACCCGCUCAGCGACCGACCCGCAGAGCAAAUCGGAGGGUUCUAAGAUUUGGAAGCUCAUGAAGCGGAUUAGCACGGGCGGGCUACGCGACCGCUUCCACGCUGAUACAGCUCCGCCGCCUGUCCCUGCCAUUCCAAAAGAAUUGCUCAACAGUCCCCCUCCCCGCUCCCAGACAGUACACAGAGACGCGCAGGCUACGUCACAUAAGCCUUACAACGCAUCCAUGCCAAGAAGUAUCGCUGGCUCGGGCCCACGACCGAGCAUGGCAACGUCUUCGUCUUCUCCUAAUUCAUCCGAAAUGGCUUCGGCAAGUUUCUUUCAUACAUCACACUCGAGGGGAUCGUCAGUGUCCUCAUAUGGAGAGGAGACUGCGCCGCCUUUUCUCAGUAUGGGGGAUCGGCAUAUCGUCCCCCCACGGGAGUUCAACCAUAUUCUGGGUGAUCACACGAAAGAUCAGGGCUUGAUGUCGCGUUCUGGCAGUCAUGGCCAAAUCUAUUCUGGGCGAGCUACGCCAGAGGCUGACGAUCAGCACCAGGACACCUCGCCACGUACACAUACACAUACAUUCCCGAUCACGCACCCCAUUCAUUCAUUAACGUCCCUCAGAACCCACAGGCUUGGCGAGAAGCCGUCUACAGCCGCAUACACUCAUUUACAUUUACUUCCUGAUGGAAAUACCUCGCUUUCUCCACCACCACGGCCUGCUCGGAGUGCGAUGCGCUCAAGCAGUUUUUCUGGUGAACACGAAUAUGAACAUUCACCUUCCCGAUCCACAUUUGAUGAAGAAUCAACCUCACGAGAUGGAGUAUCUCCAUCUCUCCGUGCGUCCAGCGCUAUCAGCGAGGCGUCUACUGCAAAGAUGGAGUCGUGGUCGAGAUCAUCGACGUCCACAUCCAAAGCCCCAUCAGCCUCAGCCUCGCCCUCGCAACUCCGUUCAGCCAUCAACUACCGCGAACUCAACGCUCCCCGCCGACCGCCCCUCACUGAGCGCGAGAAGGCUGAGAUCUGGGACGACCUCCUCGAGCGCAGCGCGCUAGCAGGAGGAACGCUGCAUCUUGGUGGGAGCGGUGAGCUUGAGUCGGAUAACUUACGGUUUUCGAGCUGUUCUGAGCAUCUGUGAUGUAUGCAUGCAUUUUACCCCGAGCUCCAUCGAUAUAUAUACCCGACAACAGCAUGCACAUGGAUAUACACAUUUGGUUGUAAUUUAAAUGAGCUAAUCGUAAUCGGUCUUGAGGUUGUUGUUCGACGAGACAAGACGUGCUUUGUUUCAAGUAUGUCACGUCGUUACGCCCUUGUCCGUGUAUUUGUUCAAUUAGUGUUGUAUGGUGUCGGCCGCCAGCUGCAGCGUUCCUUCGAAUCGAAUCGUCUCAGCCGUU